CGCAAGAAUCUCCCAUGGCAGUAUUUGGAGCGGAAUUAAUAAUCACAUCCACUCCCUACCAACACCGCACAAAGUGGGUGUCGUGCAAGCCACAGCCGCAAAGUAGUGCCAAGACAAAUGAUGAGAAACUCCAAUUCCAGCCUGCUGGCCUCUGGUUGGUCAAUUCGAUAUCACAACUGCUGGAAAUGGACCGUCGGAGUAAUCAAUAUCUUCAAUCGCCGACUCUUACGGUGGCCGCGUGCCCCGAGAUCACUUAUUCACAAAAUUGUGACGACAAUGGCAUCGUGAACUGCGGAGUUGGGUUUUGAUAUUGAGGGUAUCGUUCAGCUAUAUAAGAGUGGUCGUAUCUGUGAAGACGAAAAAUGUCUUAUCAUCAGCUUUCAAAUCAUCAACACUCAAUCAUAAGACGCAAUAUUUGAAUCAUACCCUUAUUCCUCCUAUUAAAUCAAAAGGAUGUCUUCUCCCAAGCUCAUUACUGUCUUUGGUGCCACUGGCUCUCAGGGCGGCAGUGUGGUGCAGUCCUUGCUUCAGAACAAGUCCCAAUCCUUCAAGAUCCGAGGAAUCACUCGCAAUCCUGAUUCCGAAAAGGCCAAGGCUCUCGCUGAGCAUGGCGUUGAGGUCGUCAAGGCUGACGGUCUGGUCAAGGAAGAGGUGAUUGAAGCUUUUAGGGGCAGCUGGGGAGUCUUUGCCAACACAAACUCGGAUGAUCCUUCAAUGAACCAAGAAGGUGGACCUACCGAACUUGAUAUCGGUAAGAGCCUCGUGGAUGCGGCCUCUGAGGCAGGAGUCCGUCACUUUGUGUAUAGCGGUAUGGCCUCUGCCUCUGAAACCACUGGAGGGGCGGUUCCCAGCAAGGCUUUCGACAUGAAGCAUGCUGUUGGAGAACAUGCAAAGCGCAAGGGGUUUGAGACUGUCAACGUUGUCAGCCCAGGCUGGUACAUGGAGAAUCAUCUUGUGGAAGAUUUUGCCCCAGCAUUGGGCGGCUUCCCUUUCACUACUGAUGAGGAGAGGUACCUCACCCUCCAUGUUCCGCGCUGGGGCGGCAAUGAAGAGAUUCCCUUCAUUUCGAUUGGAGAUGACUAUGGUGAUCUUGUUCAUGGCAUCUUCCUCGAUCCCAAGAAGUACAACGGGCGUCUUGUCCAAGGUAUCAGCGCCAGCGAGACAGCUGAGAAGCUUGUUUCCGAAUUUGAAAAAGUGACAGGAAACAAGGCUCGAUUCGUGCCCAUCGAGAACUGGAAGACCAUGGAGACUUACGGCGACCAAUCCUUUGAGACUGUCAAGGACAUGUUCGGUUUCUGUCAGUACUCUGGCGGCUUGUACUAUGGAGUUCCUAAUGAUUUGAGCCCUGCUGCUGAGCUGAAGGCGAAGGCGGCUGAGGCUAAGAAACAGUCGGGCGGUGCUAAGUUGAUGACUCUUGAGGGAUUCUGGGAGAAGUAUUUCGCUUCUUGAUCGUCGGCAACGAUGCUUUUGGAUAGAAUGGAACGCGGUUUGAUUCAGGAGAGCUCAAUCCUUGAUCUGCAAUAGUCCGUUAUCAGUCUUUGACCAUAG